AUGCCGCGAUCCAGUUUCUCGGAUAACCCCCUGCUGCGGGUAUCGCGUCCUGUCUCCGCCUGUUCGCGAUGUCGAGCUGCAAAAGUCAAGUGUGAUGGCAAGCUCCCAGCUUGCACCGCCUGUGAGAAGGCCGGUCGUGAGAAUGAAUGCUCCAGCGCUAAUGACCAGUUUGCUCGGGGCAAAGAACGCAGCUACGUCGCCGCUUUGGAGCUUAGAGUUGAGAAGCUGGAGAAACGACUUGCAUUCGCCCGUUCUCGCAAGGCCUCAGUCAACCUGCACGACAUAGACGAGGCCGCUGCACCGGCUGAUCGCAAAGACUCGUUAGCUAACAUCCGAGCUGCUAUCCACCGCAAAGCGGCCCGUAAGAGAGAAGACUCGGACGUCAACUCCCUCGUGUCGGACUUCGGCUUCCUCUCCGUCAACGCCACAACUCGCGAUUUUGAGCCUUCUAUUAGCAACAUGACAUUUGCCCGCCUGGUCUUGGCCGCUGCGACUAAUGAAGAAGUACCGGACCCAACAGAAGACAGCUUUCCAACACGAGCAGAGGCCUUGGCUACCAUUCAGUACUACACAGCCAAUAUCUUUUCGCUGUUUCCUUGCUUCUCCGAAACACAUCUUCUUACCGUUCUUGACGAUAUUUACAACCCGGAUGAAAGAGUCAAGGAGCGUCUCAAGGAUUCAGAUUAUUGGCUUUUGUACAUGGUGCUUGCUGUUGGCUACUCCGCACAGAGCAAGAACUUACAGGAUGAAAACUAUCGCCUCGGCCUCGACUUCGUCUCGCGCGCCCUGCCGUUCGCCGACAAGGCGUUGAUGCCGGGAUACCCAACUCAGAUUCAGUCACUCAUUCUUUUCACGCAAUACUCUAUGCUCGACUCGGCUCAUUUCGACAGUUGGUAUCUCAUCGGCUUCGCGAGCAGAGCAGUGGUCGAUUUAGGGUUUCAUCAAGAUCCGCCGCAGCUUCAAGUACCCGACAAAGCUGCUCUUGAUCUUAGGAGGAGGAUGUUCUACUCUGUCUAUGCACUUGAUAGGACCAUCAGCAUAGUUCGCGCCAGAUCGUUCUCGUUCACAGACGAUUCGAUCAACGUCGAGUAUCCCAGCGCUUCGGGACCGUCCUCCGGAGCCAUCUCCGGCCCCCAGUCCGCAGAUCCAGCUUUGCUACUGUUCCAGCUCCGUCGAACUCAAUCAGAGUGGUAUCAAACCCUUUUCCAGGCGGAUUCUGCGCCACUACCCGAUGCUUCUUCUUUCAUCUGGCAAAUGUGCCUCGAGAUGCGGGAGUGGCACGAGAGUUUGCCCGACAACCUUCCGGCUGGCACUCGGGAGCUAUUCGACCUGGAGCUGAGGUACAGCUACAUCUACUGCCUCGCACCUAGUGACAGAUCCCCGCACUUGACCGACUACGCCAAGAAACUCAUCUUCGAACACGCCAUUGCGUACAUGAACACCAUUCACGGCGUGGCGCACGGUUCGCUGAAUAACGCAUUCUACACAUCUCUUGAUGUUCUGAAGGUCUACUUCGUCGCGAUGCAGUUCUUCACGGUCUUCAACGCAUCUCGCGAAUUACAGCUUUCUGAGCAACGUAUCAUUCCACCCAUCACACGCCCGGGGACAGCACCACCACCACCCUUACCACACCGACCCGCCGGCAGCGAAGACAGCGUAGAUAGGAGUAUACGCUGUUUCCAACAGGUCGUAGAGACUCUCGGAAAAUUGUCCGAGAGGUGGGUUAUUGCUUCGCAGUUGAAGACAGGUUUCGAGACCAUAUCAUCGGAGUUGUUCUCCUGGCUUCAGAUGCGCCGACAGAUGAGAGACCAGCAGGCGCAACAACCUCAACACCCACCCCACCCUCACCCCCAGCAUCAGCAUCAACAUCAGCAUCAACAGUCUCUUCACAUGCACGCAGGUCCAUCGCCACCUCAACCUCAGCAUCCGACGCACCCGCCGCACCCUCCGCACCCUCACCCACAAGUCAUCAUGGGACCUCCGCAGAUGCAGAUGCAGAUGCCCGGCAUGAUGCCACAGCCUGGACAGCCGAUGAUGCAGUAUAGAUGGGUUGGGGACGGAUCCCAACAGAUGAUGCCUGGGCCUCCGCCUGGGCACGGUUCCGGCUAG